CAAACUCCAUUUUAUAGCAUCAAAAUCUUCCAAUUGUUCUCCCUCCAAAUAGAAACAAUUAAGGAAAAAAUUCAAACAAACCAUGAGUUCAACUAAACUCAUUUCUCUAUCCAUCUUUGUAGCCCUUCUUGCAACCUUACUAUCCACAAAUAUCACAAUUCAACCUAUAACACAAUUACUCCUCAACCUCCUUUCCCAAUUCACACCUCCAACACUCCCAAUAUCUCUUAUUAUUCCGCGCGGUCAUCGUGCGAGUAAAAAGAAUACAAUAAAAGACAUAUGCGAAGAUUUUCCACCCGAUAUCCCUCCACCCGACACAAACACAACAUCGUUUUUAUGCGUUGAUUCUAAUGGAUGUUGCAAUUUCACUAAGGUUCAAGCUGCAGUUGAUGCAGUUGGUGUCAUGAGCCCAAAAAGGACCGUUAUUUGGAUCAACACCGGAAUUUAUUUUGAGAAGGUUAUAAUUCCGAGAACAAAGCCGAACAUAACAUUUCAAGGGCAAGGCUUCACUUCAACGGCAAUCAUGUGGAACGACACUGCCAACUCAGCACACGGCACCUUCAUGAGCGGUUCGGUUCAAGUGUUCUCGACCAACUUUAUUGCCAAGAACAUAAGUUUUAUGAAUGUGGCUCCAAUGCCUGUCCCUGGAGCCGUAGGAGCACAAGCCGUGGCCCUCAGAAUCGGGGGAGAUCAAGCUGCCUUUUGGGGCUGUGGUUUCUUUGGAGCACAGGACACUCUUCAUGACGAUAGGGGUCGCCAUUAUUUCAAGGAUUGUUAUAUUCAGGGCUCCAUAGACUUUAUUUUUGGUAAUGCCAAGUCAUUUUAUGAGGUAAUCAAUUCCCCGGUGCCACCUGGCGCUCGAGUCAUAGACGGAGCCGUGACUGCACAAGGCAGAGCCUCAAAGGAUGAAAACAGCGGCUUUUCGUUUGUAAACUGCAGCAUUGGUGGGACCGGAAGAAUCUGGCUCGGCCGAGCUUGGAGGCCUUUCUCCACCGUCGUGUUUUCUUACACGAAUAUGUCCGAUAUUAUAGCAUCCGAGGGCUGGAACGAUUUCAACGACCCAGCCAGAGACCUGACUGUAUUUUAUGGAGAGUACAAUUGCACGGGUGAUGGGGCAAAUACAACAAUGAGAGUUCCCUAUGCACAAAGGCUUAAUGAGACACAAGCUUCAUCAUUUCUUAAUAUUUCAUUCAUUGAUGCGGAUCAAUGGCUGCAGCCUUUUACAGCUUAAGCGAACUUUUGGGCCGAUCCAGACUUGGCCCAAUUAUGUGUUAACAUUGCGGGCCCAAUGCGUGCUGCUACGUACCUCGACCUAACUCAUUAUAGGCUUUGUCUACCUGCCGGUUCAAUUUAGAUGUAAUUAUGUAUGUUGUUCACAUGGUUUGGUAAAAUGAGCCAAAAUAAAGGACUAUCAUUUUCGUCUUGAAGAAAAAAAAAAAAAAUUAAUUUAAGAACUUCUCAAUGAGAUAUUGAGAUGAAUGGAUACGCCUGUGUAAAUUAAAUUUGUGGCGGCGCAGAGAUACAUUGCAUGGGACUGUACAUGUAGUUAAUCGGAAAUGUUAUGUGUAUUAUUGUUUUGCAUAUGAUUUGACAAAACUAGAGAGGGUAUUGAUUUUGAUAUAGCAUCCAUAAUAGCUCGGCGGACAGACUUGAGCAGCUAGCUCGAGUCAGAUCGGUCCCAGGGAGUUUUAGUUCGAUGAUAGAAGUCGACCCAGUUAGGGAGCUCAUGAGUACAACUCAGGGUACUGGCCGAUCUGAUAAGAAGAUCUGGAGGUCACGAUAUCCGGGAGCUCAGGCACACGAAAUGGUCAUGACCUCACAUUACGAAGGUCUAGGGGUGAGUGGUUGAGGUGUCGACUUCGUUAAGGUCCUAAAGGUCGGAAGGUCGGG